UAUAAUUCAUGGCAAUGAUUGCACUGUUUUAAAGAGUACCUACCAAUUUUUACGUUGAAACUUUGGAGACACCGAAUAAACACAUAUACGUUAUAACACGCCUUGCAGGCAACUAGUGGUGACUGCUUCGAUUAACCACCACUAGACUUACGGCCGUUCCCAAUAUUCAGUCUCUCUUACUUGAGAUAAAAAUCGUAACUAUGGUUGACUUUUCUGUCCCAAUAAACUUAUCGACGGUAACUCACCUUAUCCAUACACGCUGUCUGUCAAUGUGACGACGUAUAACUUAUCAGCGAUAGAAGUUUGUAUGGAAAUUGCAAUUCACGGGUCCCAAUAUAAGGCGAUAUGAAUGACAUCGGGUACAUUGGGACAGCUUCAGAUUAUUGACAGCUAAUUACUGACAGUAGAAGGUAGUAAUUUAUCUCUAUCUGUAGAUAGUAUAUUGGGAACGGCGGUUAGCCAUCUAUGACUUGACGUACGUAAUAAAAGGACGGUUACUGAAGGGACAUUGGUUUUAGUACCAAGUUGGGGACAAGAAUAGACAUGAUGACAACAAGUAAAUUUCAUUGAAAUAAUUUGUGUGUAUAUUAUUACAAAAUUCCUAAUUCUAAAACUCUGAUUCUUUUCAUAAUUAAAAGCAAGAUGAAUAUAAUAAUCGAUAAAAUAAAAUCGCUAAAUACGGCAAUCCGCCAUGAAAUGUUGAACGCCAAUCAGAGCGCAUGACGUCACGUUAGAGUUCUUUUUCUUUGUUUACAUUUGAAUUACUUAAGAUAAUACACACUCGCUCGCUUUUUUAAUUGAAUACGCCGUUAUUGUUUUGUUAUUAACUUCAAUUUCUUUUGUGUAAAUUGAUUGCGCUAAAUUGAGUCAUGGAACAAGGAUUUACAAAGGCUUCCAGCGCAAAUUUACCAAGAAUCGACUUGAUAAUGCUAGGAACGUUUCUGGCAUCAAACAAAGACUUCUGUUCAGCAGAAUUUAGAAAUGUUAAAACUUCCAUGUCUGCUAGGGCAUCUUAUGGUGAUGAUGCUGUAAGCUAUGUUCAGGUCAAACGUGAAGGAAAUUUGUGCACAAUAAAAGCUAAAAUCUGCCCAGAACAUAAAGUGCAUGCCAAGUUGUAUGGAGUGUCUUUGGUAGUCGACGAACAAGAAGAAACAGUUAAGUCAGUAGAAUGUCAUGAUUGUGUGGCUUCUCAAGGAGGCUGCAAACAUGCCAUGGCAUUCUUAAUGUGGGUUCAUCGCAGAAGUGAAGAUCCAUCUUGCACAUCCAUAGAAUGCUAUUGGAGGAAAUCCAAACUUUCUAGAGUUGGGAGUACCCUUAAAUACAUAACUGCUACGGAAUUAUCUAAGGGUAGCCCUAGCUUACCAUCUGAUACCGAAGUAUUCGAAAAGUUUGUAGAAGAAGGGAAGAGAAGAAGGUUAACCGACUGUGAAUUAAUGAAAUACCAAAAGGACUAUGUUUUUGAUAGACUUUUAAGUCUAUCAAUGGACAAUUUAGUGUUGAAAUAUAAAGAAAACUGUUGUAAUAAAUUUUUGGAUAGUGUGAUAUUUUCUGAUGCUGACAUCAACAAUGUAGAAGAAGAAACAAGGGAGCAACAUAAAAGUAAGCUUUGGUAUGAAUUAAGGUAUGGCAGAGUGACCGCUUCAAGAGCAUAUGAAUUCAGUAGGUGUAAAACCAGUGACGGCACUCUGAUGGCAGUAAUAAUGGGUGGAAAAAUUCCAGACACAACAGCUAUGAAACGUGGUAGAAUUUUGGAGGGUGAAGUGAGGAAAACUGUAAGUGCCAACCUGGAAAAGAAAAUUAGAAAAUGUGGGUUAUUCUUAUCUAAAAAUUAUCCCAUGCUAGCGGGUUCACCUGAUGGGAUCUGUGAAAAUAGUAUAAUAGAAAUUAAGUGUCCUAUGAGUCAAAAAACAGUUAAAGCAUAUGUAAAGAAUGGGAAGCCAACCCAAAAGUUUUAUGUGCAAAUGCAACUUCAAAUGUUACUAACAGGACAUAAAAAAGGCUACUUCUGUGUAGCUGACUGCAACUACAGUGCCAAUAAGAAAGUAUAA